AUGUCAAUCGUAUUGCGGUAUUGUCAUCAAAAACAUAUUUACGAGGACUUGAUGGGAUUUGUGGAUGCCUACUCAAAUUUUGAUGAAGAUACAAUGGAGCCCAAACUCACAGGUCAAAUUCUUGCUCAAACAAUCAAGCAUUUCACUAAAACCGAUAACUUAGUCUUAAAACUAUGUGGUGACAUUGCUACUGAUACGUGUAACCUAAUGUUACGUGAACAAAAGGGCACUGUAAUAGAAUUAGCAAAAUGUUUGCCAAAUGCUCUAAAAGGCCCAUGCGCAAAUAAUGCCUUGAAUCUUCCGAUUUCAAAAAGCAGCAGUGUCCAAGCAGUAAGAAAUGCUGUAGGUAUAAUGAAAGAAGUAAUUGCGUUCUUUAAAGCAUCCGCUAAAAGAAAUACAGUAUUAAAAAGAAAACUAGACGGAUAUUAA